UAUGAGUCACCAAAUGGUUUGGCAGCAUGCCACCGUUUGUGUUGAGUGAAAUAGGGAAGGCAGGCGUGAGUAUUCUCUUAUGGAGCUUUACUUCCCUUCACUUAAUGUUUCUCAUUCUCCUCCCUUUUCUUCCACAAUCUCAACUUCUCCACCUUUCUUCUUUCUCCUUUGUUUUUUUCUUUUUCUUUUCUACUUCCAUUCAUUUCUGUCUUCUUGCUUCUCUCUCUCUGUAAUCUUUCUCUGUUUUUGUUUUCUACUGCCAGAAGCUCUGAACCCACCACACAACCUCAAUCUACUUGGAGCUGAAGGACCCAUCAUUUUCUUUCCCACUUAAAACCUCUGUAAUCACUCUUCCAUUGGGCUAUAAGUUUCGUCCCAAAGAUUUUCCAGACAAGAUAUGGAAGAAAACAUGACAGCCUCUGUUCAUGACGAAUCCCAGAUUGUUUUGCCCCCUGGAUUUCGGUUUCAUCCAACUGAUGAAGAGCUUAUUUCUCAGUACCUCUGUAAGAAAGUGAUGGACGCCAAUUUCUCUUGCAAACCCAUUGGAGAGGUCGAUCUCAACAAGUCUGAGCCUUGGGAUUUGCCCUGGAAAGCUAAAAUGGGGGAAGGGGAAUGGUACUUUUUCUGUUUGAGGGAUAGAAAGUAUCCCACUGGAUUGAGAACAAACAGAGCCACUGAAUCAGGGUAUUGGAAAGCCACUGGGAAAGAUAAAGAGAUUUACAGAGGAAAAACGCUUGUGGGUAUGAAGAAAACUCUUGUUUUCUAUGGGGGAAGAGCCCCAAAAGGUGAGAAAUCCAAUUGGGUUAUGCAUGAAUUCAGGUUAGAAGGGAAACCCUCUGCCGUUAACCUCCCAAGCACUGCAAAGAAUGAAUGGGUGAUUUCGAGGGUGUUUCAGAAGAGUUGCGGUGGGAAAAAAGUUCACCUUUCUGGGUUAGUUAAAUUGGGUUCUUCUUCCUCUGCUCUGCCGCCAUUGAAGGACUCUUCUUCGUCAUCAAUCAAGAUCAAUGAAUUAGCUCACGUGCCCUGCUUCUCCAACACCAUGGAUUCUUCUCAAAGAACCCUACCCAAAAUAACUGAUUGUUCUUUCAAUUUCUCUUGCUUUUUGCCCACCAUUUUUCCGAGAAACACGCAGCCCACUUCGUUGUACAACCCCCAAGCCAUCUCUCUCCCUUUAAAUUUGCAGUUUCCAAACAUGGCUGGAACAUUCAAACCAGAGGGGGAAAGAAUCAGUGUCUCACAAGAAACAGGGCUAACUACUGAUAUGAACAAUGAAAUCUCUUCUGUUGUUUCUAAUCUUGAAAUGGGUCGAUUGGCAUUUGAAAAUCAGGACAACCCCUCUGCUUCAACCGUGCCAAUGAACCCCCACAUCGCGUGGAAUUACUGAUAAAAUUAAACAAGGUCUGUUUUUAAUUGACGCAUUAUGUGUAAAUGACUAUUUUGAUGUUAGUUUUGGUGUUACGAAAGUGAGGUCGGUCCCGUACUUCAAUGGCUUCGAUGUUAUGUGGAGACUUAUAGGUUGAAUAUCAAUAUGACAAGGAUAAUGGAUCUCUAUCUCCAUCUUCUUGCCAAGUACGUGUAAGUUUAUGUGAUAAUGGAAUGAUUACGAUUGAGAUUGUGUUU